AUGGACAACGGGUCGUGCUGCCUCAUCGAGGGGGACCCCAUCUCUCAGGUGAUGCCACCGCUGCUGAUCCUGGCCUUCGUGCUGGGCGCACUGGGCAAUGGCAUGGCCCUCUGUGGUUUCUGCUUUUACAUGAAGACCUGGAAGCCGAGCACUAUUUACCUUUUUAACCUGGCCGUGGCCGACUUCCUUCUCAUGAUCUGCCUGCCCUUCCGGACAGACUACUACUGGAGACACAGGCAAUGGGCCUUUGAGGACAUUCCGUGUCGGGUGGCGCUCUUCAUGCUGGCCAUGAACAGGGCUGGGAGCAUCAUCUUCCUCACUGUGGUGGCGGUGGACAGGUACUUCAAAGUGGUCCACCCCCACCACGUGCUGAACACCAUUUCCAACCGGACUGCAGCUGGCAUCGUCUGUGCCCUUUGGAUCAUGGUCAUCCUGGGCACUCUCUACCUUUUGAUGGAGAACCAUCUGUGCGUGCAUGAGAAGACCAUAUCUUGUGAGAGCUUCAUCAUGGAGUCAGCCAAUGGCUGGCACGACAUCAUGUUCCAGCUGGAAUUCUUCCUCCCUCUCGGCAUCAUCCUGUUCUGCUCCUUCAGGAUUAUUUGGAGUCUGAAGCAGAGGCGGCAGCUGGCCAGGCAGACUCGGAUGAAGAAGGCUACCCGGUUCAUCAUGGUUGUGGCGGUUGUGUUCAUCACGUGCUACCUGCCCAGCGUGUCGGCCAGACUCUAUUUCCUCUGGACGGUGCCCUCGAGUGCCUGCGACCCCUCUGUCCACGUAGCCCUCCACAUCACCCUCAGCUUCACCUACAUGAACAGCAUGCUGGAUCCUCUGGUGUAUUAUUUUUCGAGUCCUGUAUUCCCCAAAUUCUACACCAAGCUCAAGAUCCGCGGUUUGCGACCAAAGAGUCCAGGGCACUCCAAGACCCAGAGGCCGGAAGAGAUGCCAAUCCCAAAGCUCUGUCGCAAGAGUUGUGUCCGUGUGGCAAGCAGCUUCCAGAGCCAAUCCAACGAGCAGCAAGAUCUUCAAAUGUGUGGAAUGGCACUGAAACAGGCAGACAGGCAAAACCCAAGGAGGACAGACAAACAGACUUAG